AUGGAAUACGAAAUGGAUAUGGAGCCCACGGGGCCUCAAGUGACCGUUCGCGAAGCGGAACCCUACCGUGUCGAUUUCAAACUGAGCUCCAUCGACCUCGCCUUCGCGAACUCACUACGCCGCACGAUCCUGGCCGAAGUCCCCACCAUGGCUCUGGACCUAAUCGAGAUCGAAAGCAACACCUCCGUCCUCGCCGACGAAAUGCUCGCCCACCGCCUGGGCAUGAUUCCGCUCAAUGCGAAAAACUGCGAUCAGCUGGACUACACCCGCGACUGCGACUGCGAGGACCACUGUGUGCGCUGCAGCGUGACGCUGUCGCUGCACGCGCGCUGUGGAAAUGGAAUCAUGACCGUUUAUGCGCGGGACCUUGCUGUUCAGGGCGAGCGCAUGAAUGAUACGAUUGGUGACCCUGUCACUACGGACGCUGAGGGCAAGGGCGCUAUCAUCUGUAAGCUGCGCAAGGGACAGGAGAUCAAGUUGACAUGUUUGGCGAAGAAGGGCACGGCGAAGGAGCAUGCGAAGUGGGCGCCUACUUCUGCUGUUGGAUUCGAGUAUGAUCCGCACAAUAACUUGAAGCAUGUCGACUACUGGUAUGAGCAGGAUGCCGCUAAGGAAUGGCCUAUCUCUGAAAAUGCUGCUUGGGAACCUGCUGCCAACCCGGAUCAACCUUUCGAUUAUGACGCCGAGCCCAACACAUACUAUUUCGAUGUGGAGAGCAUCGGUAACCUGGAACCCGACAUGAUCAUCCAGCAAGGUAUCACAGUCCUUCAGCAAAAGCUCGCCACCACCAUCUCCGUUCUCUCAGGCGAAGGCGAGGACGGCCACGUCGGCGGUGUCGAAGAUGCCGAUAUGAUGGGCGGCGCCGACCCUGACGCCUAUGAACCUCCCGAGGGCAUCGAUGGCCAUCUCACAGCGUACGGAAACGGUGCGGCCGGCGCGUGGGGCGCUAGUGCGCAGACGCCAUAUGGUGCUACGCCGUAUGGACAAGGCGCUUACGGAUUCUAA